CUUGUAUCAGUAGAACAGUCAGACUGUCCAAACCUUGCUUCCAAUACUUGCCUUCACCCCACCUUUUCCCCCGACCUGCGCGCAUACCUUCGCCCGCCUACCAUCAAAAAGUCAGCCACCAUCCCUUGAUUGCUGCGGAAUAAUAAUCCAUCGUUUAAAGGCGCGUCACUCAACCCAGGUUCAUUCACCGCGCAGGACGGGCUCUCUGUCGCGUGAGCUGGAGAUUGCCUCUUUUCUCGCAUUAUACGUCAUUCAACCAUGGAGUCGCAGCCAGCCCAGGCGCCAGCCCAGGCGAUGAGCGCAGAUGAAAUCGCGCUAUAUGACCGCCAAAUUCGCCUCUGGGGAGUGAAAGCUCAAGAAAAGCUGCGAUCCGCGAAUAUCCUACUUAUCACUUUCAAAGCUCUGGCGAACGAGGUCGCCAAAAACCUGGUGCUUGCGGGGAUUGGUUCUCUUACCAUCAUCGACCAUGAGAGUGUGACGGAGGAGGAUCUCGGCGCGCAAUUCUUCGUGAACGAGGAUUGCAGAGGCCAGAAUCGAGCACAAGCUGCAGCGCCGGCCAUUCGUGCUAUGAACCCUCGGGUUCAGCUCCACAUCGACACGGAAGAUGUUCGCCUCAAACAACCGGAGUACUUUGCACAGUUCGACAUCACGAUCGCCACAGAACUUGACUUCCACACGUACACGACCAUCAAUGCCGCGUGUCGGAUAGCCAACCGGCCCUUCUACGCCGCCGGGCUGCACGGUUUCUACGGCUUCGUCUUCGCCGAUCUGAUUUCCCACGACUUUGUGAUCGAGAGGUCCAAAUCCAACGUGGCCUCGGUCACCCAGGAGACCCCGACGCGGAGUAUCCUCAACAUCACCACCAAGAAGGAGAACGAGAAGGUCAUUGAGAUGGUGACCAAGCGCGAGGUGUACUCGCCUCUGAUCUUGGCCAACACCUCCCCGCUUCCCGAGGAAUUCACGCGUCUGCCCCGCAAACGCAAGCAAGUCACCCCGCUCCUCACCUGUCUCCGCGCGCUGUGGGAGUACCAGAAACUCUCCGCCGGCGCGCUGCCGACAUUCUCCCACCAGGACCUCGAGGUCUUCACCAAGCUCGCGCGAGACGGCCACCAGGAACUGAAACUGGACAUCGCAACCCUCGACGCGGAGUUCCUGCGCACCUUUUUGCAGAACCUGAACAGCGAGUUGAGUCCCGUGGCGGCCUUCGUCGGGGGCAGUCUGGCACAGGAUGUGAUCAAUGUGCUCAGUGCACGCGAGCAACCCCUCCAAAACAUGCUGCUGUUCGACGGUGAACGUUUGACCGCUCCCAUCUACCCCCUGCACCCUAUCUUCCCGCCUGAGGUCGACAAUAUGCUCCCCGCUGUGAUUCCAGUCCCGAACCCAAUCCCCUUGGACGGGGCACCCGCCCUGGCACCUUGAUGAGCCCCACAAGCAUCCUGCAGAGGAGAACAAAAGAAAUGAAGAGGCGCAGAGAUAGGGGAAAGCAAUCAACUCUUCUAGAGUUUUGGUUCCGAAUAUCAAAAGGGUUCAAUUGGGGUUGUUGGUCCCUGCUAUGGGGCAGUACGGAUCUUUGCCAUAUCUACGCCUGCGCUGUAAUGUUCCACACCUAGCGAUUUACCACCAGAGGUAACGACGUGUAUGAUAGAUUUGACAAUACUACAAUCGACCCAC